AUGACACCCUACCUGGUCGGUGAGGGCCUGAGCGGCUUUAUUCCUAGCAUGUUUGCGCUCAUUCAGGGCGUAGGGGAGAACCGAAAGGAGUGCCUCGAGCUGACCUCCUCAGCCGACAUUGCCCUCAACGCCACUGCUGUCGGUAGUGUGGUGAACGCCAGCGCCCCCUUUCGAGAGCAGCUGGCCAAUCUGACCACCACUUUGCAGGUGCUGGACACUGAUCAGCUGGAGAGGAGCGCCUCUUCUGCCUCCAGUCUGAUUGAGCCCAUCUUCAGCGUGGAGGUCUUCUUCCUAUCGCUCUUCAGCACACUGCUCAUCAGCUACAUUGGCUUCUGUACGCUGCAGCUGCUGCCCGAGGCCAAGCAGGAGAUGGCCAAUGCACGGAAGCGGCAGCAGCUGAAAGCCAAUGCAAAGAAGCUCAAGGUCUACAAGAAGGUGGUCUAUGAGGAGAGAAUGAUGGAGGAGGCGGCAGCGGCGGCAGCUGCAGCUGAAACUUCUGAAGAAAAUGGAGUCGUCGGACCGAUGAUCAACUCGGAUGACUUUGACUGUAUUCCACUUGAUGAUGAGAAUGAAAAGGAAGAGGUGAUCAUUUUUGGUGAAAAGGACAGCGAUGAUGACAGCUUUGGCAAUAGACGGUUCAAUAGGAUAAAUUCAGUGGCAUCCGAGGGGGCUACUGAACAGUUUCCCUACUCAGCCCUGCCGUACGGCGUCGAAGUGCUGCACUACAUCGUCGUCCUGAGCGGCCUCGCCUACCCAACAGGCUGUUUCUUUGGCAUGCUUGUCGAGGCAAAGUCAGUGCGGCUGAUCAACCUGCUGACCGCCAUCGGCACCACCCUUGCCCUGUACAUUCUCGCCUGUGCGCUGAUGUCGCCCUCGCCGCCGCUGGUCGACUCCCCGGUGGGCGGCAUACUGAUGGUGCUCUGCUGGAUUGCCUACGUGGGCAUACUGUCAUACUCAAAGACGAUGAUCACCCUCUGGAUCUGCGACUACAACUCGCGAAAAGGCAUGUUCUGGGUGGGCAUGAACCAGCAGUUUGGCGCGGCCACCGGGGCGCUGCUCAACUUUAUUCUCAUUAACUACAGUCGGCUGUACA